CAUCACUCUCUGGACCGGUGUGGAUCCACCACGCAUUAAUGAAUAGAGUGAAUUCAGUAACAGGUGUACAUACAGUGGUGUGACUCUGACUCUCGCCUAGACAUCCCAUCAGUGUAAGACGUCUGCUGCUUCUUCACUCAUGAAUCUGGCCAGUCCCUGCUCUCCAAAACAUCAUGCCCUGCCAUUGCCAUACUGGCUGCCAUCACAGGUGUUUAAACAGAACGGAUCAGUGACCAGGCUUUAAAGACUGCACCAGUUUCUCUUGGUGACUUGCUGCCUGAAUAACUGAGACUCAUCCCUUCACGCCAUCACUCUACAGCACCCGAGAAGAACACAUCCAAGUCAUCUGUAGCCACUCAUCACUCAGCAUUCAUGAUGAAGACGGUCAGGGUCUUCUUUGCAGUAUUUGGGACUUGCUUUCUUCUCGCUGCUGGAGCUGAGGGUGGGCAGAACCCAGACUACGUUCUUCAGGGUACAGGGGUGAAACCUGGUUCAGAGCCAAAAAAGGUUCAGGCAGCAGACGGCUCUACCGUGGCUCCUGAGGAUGCUGCAAAAUUCCUCAGCUGCUACUGCUCAGGCCACUGCCCAGAGGAUGCCACCAACAACACCUGCGAGACCAACGGCCAAUGCUUUGCCAUCAUUGAGGAGGAUGAGCAUGGGGAGGCUGUCCUCACUUCAGGCUGUAUGAAAUAUGAGGGCUCACAUUUUCAAUGCAAGGACUCACCUAAUGCUCAGACAAGGCGGACAAUCGAGUGCUGUUCCACAGAUUUUUGUAACAGAGACCUGCAACCUACUCUUCCACCCCCUGGGAUCCAAGAUCCCUUGUUUGGAAGUGCUCACUGGCUGGCCUUUCUCAUCUCUGUGACCGUGUGCUGCUUCACUCUCAUUGCAAUCACCAUCGUCUGUUACUACCGGUAUAAGACAGCGAGGAGACGCUACCAGAGAGACCUGGAGCAGGACGAGAUCUUCAUUCCUGUCGGGGAGUCUCUCAAAGACCUAAUCAGCCCGUCGAGCACUGGCUCUGGUUCAGGCCUCCCUCUACUGGUGCAGCGCACUAUUGCUAAACAGAUCCAGAUGGUGCGUCAGAUUGGAAAGGGGCGCUAUGGCGAGGUGUGGCUUGGCCGCUGGAGAGGAGAGAAAGUGGCAGUAAAAGUGUUCUUUACACGGGAGGAGACCAGCUGGUUUAGAGAGACUGAGAUCUACCAGACUGUACUGAUGAGACACGAGAACAUUCUUGGCUUCAUAGCAGCCGAUAUUAAGGGCACUGGAACCUUUACCCAGCUCUUCCUCAUCACCGACUACCAUGAGAACGGCUCUCUGUACGAUUACCUAAAGUUCACCACUCUGGAUACUCAGACUUUACUAAAGCUGGCCUACUCAGCAGCAUGUGGUCUGUGCCACCUUCACACGGAGAUCUAUGGGACACAGGGCAAACCUGCCAUCGCUCACAGAGAUCUAAAGAGCAAAAACAUCCUCAUCAAGAAGAACGGCACCUGCUGCAUUGCUGAUCUAGGGCUGGCUGUUAAAUUCAACAGUGACACUAACGAGGUUGACGUUCCACUAAGUACGAGGAUGGGUACACGGAGAUACAUGGCCCCUGAAGUGUUGGAUGAAACCAUUAAUAAGAGUCAGUUCCAGGCCUACAUCAUGGCAGAUAUUUACAGCUAUGCCCUGGUUGUUUGGGAGAUGGCCAGACGAUGUGUCACAGGAGGCAUUGUGGAAGAGUACCAGCUGCCUUACUGGGACGCUGUACCUUCAGAUCCAUCUUAUGACGACAUGAAGGAAGUAGUGUGUGUAAAGGGCGUGCGGCCUACGCUUUCAAAUCGCUGGAACAGUGAUGAGUGUCUAAGAGCCAUGUUGAAACUGAUGUCUGAGUGCUGGGCCCAUAACCCAGCGUCCCGUCUUACUGCCCUGCGAGUGAAGAAAACUCUCGCAAAAAUGGUGGAAUCACAGGACAUUAAAAUAUGAGUGAUAAAGUUUUUCUACUUCAGAGUGGAAAAGUGAACUCUUAAAAUACUUGUGAACGUAUAGGAAUUAUUGCCUGUCAGAAACACAACUGUGAAGAAGAGUGCUGUGGAGUAGAGUGCCCCCCUCUGGCUGGAAUAUGGAAUGUUGUUGCAGCCACACUUAGUGUCUAUGGUACCAUCUGCUGGACUCAUCAGGACCAUCAGGACAUGAUCAUGCCUGCUAUUUUUCUGAAGCUAAACACUCUUGAGGCGCUGAUUCACUGUGAGUCCUUGCUCCGGUCGUGUCCUGCUCCUCACCUCUUUGAGAGAACUGCCAAAUAAAAUGGUGCUUUCUGUGAAAGCUAUGUAAUAUGAUGCUGGACUGAAAUGGGAGCACAGGUCAUUAAAGUGGAGGACAAACUAGAUUUGGGAGGAGGACGUGGAUUCUGUCUGUGAUUUUCUUUCAUCCCAGCUUUCGUAGCAGCCUGAGAAAAACAUAUACGACUGCCGUCCAGCCGACCGCUCGGACUGUGGUGGAGUGGCCGGUCAGUAUACUGUGUGCAGUCCAUUUAAAGUGCACCACUGUUUUAAAUGGGCUGGUCUCACAGUAAACAACCAUCCUCAAUGGAAACACUCCACUUUAAUAUUACUUUAAUAAUAAUCAUGUGAAGAAUUUGUCUCUUAUAGACUAAAAAACUGUAAGCUUAAAAUAUAAUUAUAAAGGAGAGCGAGUUCCAAGGUCAAAUUUACUGAUUUUUUAUUUUAUUUAUAUCUAUUUUUUCCCGCCACUACAGGAAACACUUUCAGCAGUUCCGUGAAGGAGACGGUAAGCUGGCCCUUUGUGGUUCAAACUGGUAUAGCAUUGUGAGACUUUCAUGGUACACUUCUGAUGUACCUCCAGUGAAAAAUGAAAGCUGUUUGUUUUUUUCUGCUUUGUGUGAAAUAAGAAAAUUAAUUGAAUAAAAUAUUGGGGUUUGCCACUCAGGUGGCGCAGCGGUAAAAUACGCUAGCACACCAGAGCUGGGAUUUUGAAUACAUCAUAUUGAAUCUCAGCUCUGCCAUCCAGCUGGGCUGGGCAGCUAUAUGAACAACGUUUGGCUGUUGUUCGUACAGGGUUAGUUGAUGGAGUCUG